UCCUUCAGUGAGAGGGCGUGAGGGAAGGAGUGCCCCGCAUUCAAGCGCCCACUGACCUGCACUCCCCCCCACCAGCCCUUGCUCGUCCACAGCAUGGCUCUCUCUCUCUGGAUCCUCUUUACCUGCACCAUCGCCCUGAGCAACGUCAGCCCCUCUGCCCAGGCAUUAAGUCGCUCUGCAAUGCCAUUUGGUCUGAUGCGGAGGGAGUUGGCAUGCGAGGGUUACCCCAUCGAGCUCCGCUGCCCCGGCAGUGAUGUCAUCAUGAUCGAGACAGCCAACUAUGGCCGCACGGAUGAUAAGAUCUGUGAUGCCGACCCCUUUCAGAUGGAAAAUGUACAGUGCUACCUGCCAGACGCCUUCAAGAUCAUGUCACUAAGGUAUAAUAAUCGCACUCAAUGUGUGGUGGUGGCUGGGUCUGAUGUUUUUCCUGACCCCUGUCCACCCUGUCCAGAGUACCUGGAGAUCCAGUAUGAAUGUGUACCAUACAAAGUGGACCAAAAAGUCUUUGUAUGUCCUGGGACUCUAUUAAGGGUGCAGGCAGCAAGUUUGCUGCAAGAGGCGGAGCAUCAGUCGGGGGCAUGGUGUAAGGAUCCCCUGCAGUCUGGUGACCGUCUUUACGUCAUGCCCUGGACUCCGUACCGCACGGAUAUGCUGUACGAGUAUGCUUCAUGGGAAGACUUCAAACAGAAUCGAGCCACGACCACUUACAAGCUGCCAAAUCGUGUGGAUGGAACAGGCUUUGUUGUAUAUGAUGGUGCUGUUUUUUACAACAAGGAACGCACACGCAACAUUGUUAAAUAUGACUUGCGCACACGUAUAAAGAGUGGAGAAGCCAUAGUCAAUAAUGCCAACUAUCAUGACACUUCACCGUACCGCUGGGGUGGCAAGUCCGAUAUUGACCUUGCGGUGGAUGAAAACGGUUUAUGGGUCAUCUACGCUACCGAGGCCAACAAUGGACGACUGGUGGUCAGCCAGGUUAACCCCUACACCCUGCGCUUCGAGGGAACCUGGGAGACUAGCUUUGAUAAGCGACUGGCGUCCAAUGCUUUCAUGGCAUGUGGUGUUCUAUACGCUGUCCGCUCUGUUUACCAAGACGACGACAGCGAAGCAGGUGGAGAUCUGGUGCUGUAUGCGUACAACACCAACAGAGCACGGGAAGAUCCUGUCCACAUCCCCUUCCCCAACCCCUACCAGUAUGUGUCCUCUGUGGAUUACAACCCACGAGACAAUCAGCUUUAUGUCUGGAAUAACUACAAUGUGCUGCGCUACCCCCUAGAGUUUGGCCCACCAGACCCCACUGCUGGUCCACUCGUCACCACUCAGAUGAGCAGCAGCACCACCACCGCAGCAAGACCUGUCACUUCCAGCUCCAUCCCCUCAACCAUGCGACCUCUGCCCCCAACUGCUCACCCGAUAGGGGCCAUCAACAAGGCACCAGAUCUGCGACCUAUCACCGCCACUGUGCCGGUGACUCGCAGACCCCUGCGUGUCCCACCACAGGGCCCUGAGCUCCAAGUGUGUGAAGCCAGAGUAGCCCGAGGGGUGCAAUGGCCUGCCACCCAGAGGGGGGAGACUGUAGACAGGCCUUGCCCUAAAGGAUCACUGGGCAUUGCGUCCUUUCAGUGUCUGUCCUCUCCUGUGCUAUGGAAUCCUCGCGGCCCUGAUCUAAGUAACUGCACCUCGCCGUGGGUCAACCAGGUGGCCCAGAAGAUAAAAAGUGGAGAGAAUGCUGCAAACAUCGCCGCUGAGCUGGUGAACCACACGCAGGGCCACAUUCACGCCGGUGAUGUCAGUUCCUCUGUCAGACUCAUCGAGCAGCUAUUGGAUAUAUUAGACGCACAGCUGCAAGCACUCAGACCCGGGAAUAAGGAAUCGGCAGCCAGGAACUACAAUAAGUGGCAGAAGAGAGAGAGGACCUGCCGGGCUUAUGUUCAGGCGGUUGUGCAGACUGUGGAUAAUCUUUUGCGUGCCGAGGCUUUAGAGUCAUGGCAGGACAUGAACAGUACGGAGCAGGCGCACACCGCCACCAUGCUACUGGACGUCAUGGAGAAAGGAGCCUUCCUGUUGGCCAAUAACAUGUACAAUAAUCACUUCUCAGACCACGCUGCCAAUGUCGAUCUAGAGGUGCGUGUGUUGAACACAGAGACAGAUUCUCAGGAUUUGUCGUUCCCUCAGAGCGGUCCCAGUGACAGCAACAUCCAGCUCUCGGCUUCCACCUUCAAACAAUACAGCCGCAAUGGCCGGGUAAAAGUGGUCUUCGUGCUCUAUAAGAAUCUGGGUUCGUUCCUGUCCACUGAAAACGCAACCGUGAAGAUGGAAAUGGAGGCGGGGCCCGGUGGGCGGGGCCUGGCAGUGAAUUCACACGUCAUCGCAGCGUCGAUCAAUAAAGAGUCCAGUCGAGUGUUUCUGACUGAGCCUGUGGUGUUCACACUUAGACAUUUACAGCUGGAGAAUCAUUUCAGCCCAAACUGUUCAUUCUGGAACUACUCUGAGCGUUCAAUGACGGGCCAGUGGUCAUCUCAGGGCUGCAGGCUGAUGGAAACCAACAGCACACACACAACUUGUUCUUGUAGCCAUCUAACCAACUUUGCCGUUCUCAUGGUACACCACGAACCCAACUAUCCAGGCAGGAUGCACGAGCUGAUCCUCUUUGUGAUCACAUGGGUGGGUAUCGUCAUUUCACUGGUGUGUCUCGCCAUCUGCAUCUCCACCUUCUGCUUCCUGCAAGGUUUGCAGACCGACCGCAACACCAUCCACAAGAACCUCUGCAUCAACCUCUUCAUCGCCGAGCUCCUCUUCCUCAUCGGCAUCGACAAGACACAGUACCACAUUGCAUGCCCCAUUUUUGCAGGCCUGCUGCAUUUCUUCUUCCUGGCUGCGUUCUCCUGGAUGUGUCUGGAGGGAAUCCAGCUGUAUCUGAUGCUGGUGGAGGUCUUUGAGAGCGAAUACUCCCGAAAGAAAUACUACUACCUGUGCGGCUAUUGCUUUCCCGCCCUUGUGGUGGGCAUCUCAGCAGCCAUUGAUUACCGCAGCUAUGGGACUAAGAAAGCGUGCUGGUUGAGAGUGGAUAACUACUUCAUCUGGAGUUUUAUCGGCCCCGUGUCCUUCAUUAUCAUGUUAAACCUGGUGUUCCUCAUGAUAACACUCCACAAGAUGGUCCGUAACUCAUCCGCCCUCAAACCCGACUCCAGUCGCCUGGACAACAUCAAGUCCUGGGCUCUGGGGGCUAUCGCACUGCUCUUCCUCUUGGGUCUGACCUGGGCCUUCGGCCUCCUCUUCAUCAAUGAGAACACCGUCAUCAUGGCAUAUCUUUUCACCACCUUUAAUGCCUUCCAGGGCAUGUUCAUCUUCAUCUUCCAUUGUGCUCUACAGAAAAAGGUGCAUAAGGAGUACAGCAAGUGCCUGCGUCAUUCUUACUGCUGCAGUCGCACCUCCACUACGAGCUCUCAUGGAUCGCUGAAGAAUUCUGCCCUUCGUGCCAACAACCGCUACUACACCGGCAGCCAGGCACGUCAUGCAGCGGUACACAGACAGAGUCGAAUUCGUCGUAUGUGGAACGACACGGUGCGAAAGCAGACAGAGUCAUCCUUCAUGGCUGGAGACAUCAACAGCACUCCCACUCUGAACCGUGGUACACUGGGGAACCAUCUUCUGACGAACCCCGUGCUGCAAACCCGUACAGGAACCUCUCCUUAUAACACACUGCUGGCUGAGACGUUUACCCCGCCCUCGCCUGGAGUCUUCAACUCUACUGGAACUUUCCGUGACCCAAAGAGCACACUGUCUAAGAACCGAGAUCAUGGAGGCAUGGAGACGCUACCUCUGAAUGGGAACUUCAACAACAGCUAUUCUCUGCGUAGUGUCGGGGGUUCGGGAGCUCCCGGGGGCAGCUGUGACUUCCUGGGAGGUGGAGGUGGAGAUAGCCCCCCUCCCCUACUCAAUCCCCGCAGUUCAGAAACUCUCGGUGGCAUACGGAGAAACCUCUCGGAUGCAGCAGCGUUCGAGAAGAUGAUCAUAUCUGAACUUGUGCACAAUAAUCUCCGAGGCAGUGGAGGGGCUGGGGGCGGUGACAGAACAUGUGGUAGCCUGGUCAGAGGACAUGGGCACAUGGGAAUGGGGCGGGGCGAAGGCGGGGCAGAGCCGGUGAUAGGCAUGGAGAACGACGAAGACUUUCGUUCGAGAGAAGCACGACAGCGCACGCCGCAAGACGUGGAACUGCUGUACAAGGCUCUGGAGGAGCCCCUGCUGCUGCAGCGUGCCCAGUCCGUGCUCUACCAGAGUGACCCAGAGGAGUCCGAAAGCUACACAGCCGACUUGACCGAGAGUUUGGGCCACAGCGGUCAAAGUGCAGCAGGCCAGGGCCACAACGGAGCCCCCGAUUCACCUGCGCGGGACUCCCUCUUCACCAGCAUCACCAACCUGCAAGAUUCACCCUACCCCGACAGCAGCCCAGAGCCGCUAGAGGUGGUUCCGCGCUCAGCCCAGCCUCCGGAGGAGCUGUACUACAGCUCGGGUCGGCCUGCCAUAGGCUCCCGCGGAGCCCCCAUGCAGACCUUCUACCAGGCUCCACCUAGGAGACCAAGCACUGAAGCCCACCCCGCCCCUGAGCCCCCUCACAGUGAGGGAGAUGGACAGAUGCAGCUGGUCACAAGCCUGUGACUACGAGGAAGAGGUGGAGGAGACAGAGCGCCACAGGGUCUGAUGCAAAGUGCCGAUGGCGAUGAUGGACUCCUCUCCUGUCUCUGACGCCCUCCUUAUGUCUGGUUGCCUUUUUGCUCUUUCAUUUGUUUUGAAGUAAGAGGUAAGGAAAGCCUAAACAGGGAGAGCGACAGAGAGGUUUGUCUCCAUGGCAGCAGGCUCUCUGAAGUGCUGUGUAACCACUCUGCCCUCUCAUCAGCAUCAUUUUCUCCUCCAUCCUCACACACACACACACACACACACA